AAAACUUAGUCUCCUCCAUGCAAUGCCAAAGUCCAACCAAACCCAUCACCUUCAAAAACCCUCCUUUUCUCUAAGAUCCUUUUUUUUAUUUAUGGGUUAACCAUCAACUUGUUCAUCUUUUUUCCAUGGCACCAAACCAGAAAACAACUCAACCAAAAAGACCAAAAACCAAUUGUUUUCUAACUUGUUUUGGAAUUUCUUCAAAACCCUCUUCCUCAAAGAAGAAGAAGCCUAAGAAAAUCGACGCUCGAAAGAAGUUCUUCAAGCUCAAGUUAAGAUGGCCUAAGCUUAAAGUCAUAACCAUUGAGAAGACAAGAUUUAGCUUUGAUGAUGCUAAAGCAGCAACUCUCAAAACCAGCCAUGAUAUAAUACUUGAAGCAACAAAAGCUCACCAACAACUCAAACGUAUUGAUCACCAUGUCUCAAAAAAUCUUGCCCAAGAGCCAAAGGUGCCCACCAAAGGAAUUAUCAUCCCUCGAGACAAACAAAGUUAUCCAAAGAAUCAAUCAUAUUGUAACACGUGUCAUAAAGAAGACCCGGCUGAUCAUAAGGUGACAAAUUUUGUUGGACGUUCUUGGUCUACUAAUAAAGUUAUCAAGGAUUCACUGCUCGGAAUGGCGAUUAUGAUAGUGAUGUUGGUUAUUAUGUCAAUUUGGGGACGAUUUUGUGCAAUUUUAUGCAUGUCAGCUUGGCUAUAUUGCAUACCACUUUUCCGAGGAACUAGAGAUGUUGCUAUUACACGAAAUAAUACAAACACAAAAUUAGAUAACACGGAUAAGGUUAAAAAUUUAAACUUAGAAUUGUACAAGAAGAAAGUGGUGCUACAAGGACUUCUUCAAAGGGAUCACAAAAAUGCUACUGGCAUUUCGUGACAAGUUGUCAACUUCAUUAGUCAUAAAAGUCAUUAAUUUUAGAGGUACAAAUUACAAAUACCUAUCUCUUUUUUUCCCACCAUACUUGCCAAAUUUUGAUGAAAUCGGAUGCUUACCAAAGUGUCACAACAAUAUUACAUUCAAAUUAUUAUUUUUUUCUUUGUUAACACCUUUCUUUUAUUUGCCAUCUUAUCAUCC